AUGCGACUGGGGAAGGAGCAGCUGGAGAGGAGCGACGCGGCGUCGAGCGACGGCCGCCCGCGUCCCGUCUCCGCCGCCGACCUGCUGGUCAGGCUGGUAGGCACGAGCGAGGCCGCGCCGACGAAGCGAAGGACCGUGCAGGAGAUAGUGGACGAGCAGGACGCGGACGCGGACGUGGUGCAGGCCGGGCGCUGCUGCACCGUCGUCUUCCUGCCCCUCUUCUUGGCGGCGCUGCUGCUCGGCGCCCUCCUGGGCGUGGGCCUGACGAGCGGGCGGGGGCAAGAUCUGAAGGGGGUGCCGCGCGCCGUGCUCUUCAUCGUGGAGGGGUUUAAAGGGCGGACCUUCGACGAGCUGCUCGAGGGACAACGGCUGCCGCACAUCCGGCGGAUGCUGCUGCAGCAGCACGGCGUGUAUGCGGCGUGCGCCUCCCUGCGCGACGCGCGGUGCGCCCGUGCCGCCCUUGCCGUGGACGAGGCAACAGGCGAGCCCUUCGUCUCCGCCGGCGCCGGACUCGCGAGCAUCUUGACCGGCGUCUCACCGCGACGGCAUCGGGUGCUGAACGACUCACGGGCGUCGUACGGCGCCUUCGCCGCGACGUCCCUGCAGUUCCCAAGCGUUGCCCUCCGUGUGACCCGCGCCGGCGGGCGGGCGGCUGCGAUCGGCGGCCCUCGCUUGCUCAAUGGGCUGAAUGCCAGCACCGGGCAGUGCAGCGUGCCGGGGCUGCUAGAUGCGGAGUGCGCCGGCGCCGGCGCCGCUGCCGCUGCCGCUGCUGCUCCUGCUCCUGCUCGUGCUCCCGACGCGACUGCCGGUGACGCACCGCCCGCGAUGAGUUGCCUGCACCAGCGGUCGUGCAACUUGUUCAGGCGGGUGCUGACGCUGACCAGCGGCCGCGGCGGCAGCGAGGAGCGCCAGUUCACGCACGAGCUCACGGAGCUCUUUGGCGCCCCCGGCGACGAGGGGCAGGAGGCCGGCAACAGCUUCGACAACAGCCUGCUGAUAUUCAACUUCAACGCGCUCGCGCUGCGCGCGGGGGACCCCGCCCUGCCGGACUUCACCUACGAGCCGGGCUCGCUGGAGUACGCCGCCCAGGCCUUCCUCACAGACAGCCUCAUCGGGCAGGUGCUUGCCCUCGUCCAGCAGCGCGCCCGCUUCCGGAAGGAAAACUGGCUCGUUGUCGGCACGAGCAACCACGGCGGCGCCGGCAAGUCCUUCGGCCGCUUCGGCGACGAGGACGAGCUUGUGCCCUUCUUUCUGGCCACCUACACCACCAACAGCCGCGGCUACCGACGCCUGCGGCCGCUGACGCAGCCAGUGACCCACUUGGACGCCGCCCCGACGAUCCUGCAGUGGCUCGGCCUCGCCCCGUACGCCGCGGAUACGACGGCGGCGGGGACUACGGACGACGACGACGCCUCUGCGCCGCAGGAGACACGCCUCGACGGAGUGCCGCAGGGCGUCUGUGGCUCGGGGUUCAGCCCGAAGGACUGCGUGGCGGAGGGGCAGUGA